UACCUAGGUACCUAGGUAAGGUACUUAGUACGGAGUAGGUUAGUACCUUAUUAGCAUUCAGACUUCAGGCUUGUGCAGGGGGUUAUGGGGAUUGCAAGUGCCUGAGUCGCUCGCGCAUGGAUGGAUUCAAUUGGACCCCAUCACAAUGGAAGCUCAUACCUCGCAGCAUUUCACAACUUGAUCACUACAAACAAGCAAGGAAGAACGUACAUACAGUCACCCCAUUUUGUCGCGAAGGUCGACUUUUUAUUUCGUCCGAUUUUCUCGUCAUCUAUUUGUUUUGCGAGACUUUAUUUAUCAUCAUUCGUCGCGUUGUCGAUUCAUACCCUCCCAAACCCAGUCUCAUAGCUGUCAACAUAUUGUUCAGUCUCGCAAUGCGACUGUGGAACGUCCGCAAUGCAACAACGUCGAGAUGAAAUCCUAGCGAAGAAGGCGAAGCUUGCUGAGCUCAAGCGCCAGAGAGAGCUUCGGGCAAGCCAAGCAACAGCAAGCCGCUCCAACAUAGGAACCUCUAGCGACUUGAUAUCGCCAACUCCUGGAAGAGCAGAUAACCGCCGUGAGAUCGAAACUCUUAUAAACAGUCUCGUUGGUGAUAGUAGGCCCGGCUCGACUGUCACGGGAGGACCUGGCUCUCCGGCUCCUCGUGGUAGCCGCCCAAACAGUGUCCUCAGCGCCGGCGAAAUCAGCAACGAACCCUCCGAAGUCACGACCACUAGUCACGCUCAAGUUCCUGCGCAACCGCCGCCUAGUCUUAGCACUGCUCCCCUCCUGACCGUUUUCGAAUGCCCACCGUCCCCGGUAAAGGAGGUUUUUUCAUACAGCAAAGGUGUCCAGACGACAGAGGAGUGGACCACACCUACCAGAACCAGGGCUCAGUCUCUCAUAUCUGAAGCCGAAGAUGUUCCCGCCGUAACUUCAACACCCAGCAAGAGGCUGAGCAGAAGAGAGCGAGAUCGAGAAGAGGAACUCCGACAGAAGAUUAGAGAAGAGGUGGAGGAGGAAUUGAGAGCGACAAAGGAGUUUCUGAGCGACGGUGUGCUUCCUUCCGGCUCGGCUUCGAAUUAUCCUUCCAGGAAUCUUACCGCUGAAGAGCUGGACGCUGUCGCCCACUCUGAUGAAUUCGUCGACUUCCUGGAUAAGUCGACAAAGGUGAUCGAGAGAGCUCUCGAUCAGGAGACAUAUGACAUUCUCACAGACUAUGCUUUACAAGGCCAGGAUAACGAUGAUGAAGAUGAAGACAGUGGUAACACGGGUGGUAAGGGGCGACACAGGAUAAAAGAAGUGGUCCAGUUCUUUGACGAGCGGUGGUCCAAGAAGCGCAUGAUCAGCGGAAUUGAUUUCUCGCCAAAGUUCAGCGAGCUUGUCCUCGCGUCAUACACCAAAAACCCGACAGCUCCCCAUGAACCUGACGGGCUGGUUCAGGUCUGGAACAUGCACAUGCAGGAUCGCCCUGAAUACGUUUUCACUGCGCAGUCAGAUGUCUUGACUGCUAAAUUUUCUCCUUACCACAAUAACUUGAUUAUCGGUGGUUCAUAUAGUGGCCAGGUCUUGCUGUGGGACACGAGAGCAAAGGCGGCUCCGGUUCAAAAGACUCCCCUUACGGGCUACGGCCAUGCCCACCCUAUCUACUCUGUUGAUAUUGUUGGUACCCAGAACGCCAACAAUAUCAUUUCUUGCUCCACUGACGGAGUAGUCUGUGGCUGGACAAUGGACGUCUUUGCUCAGCCUCAGGAACUUCUUGAACUCAAGAACCCAAGUCAGGCCAAGGUGGCUGUUGAAGACGUGAGCCCAACGUGCCUUUCUUUCCCAGCUACAGAUCCUACAUUCUUCCUCGUUGGCAGUGAGGAGGGCACCAUCUUCCCUUGCCACCGAUAUGACCGUGCCGGUGCCAAGGCUGGUGUUGAUAGGAAAAUCAGCUACAAGGGACAUACCGCCCCUGUCAUGUCUGUGGAUUUCCAUCCUGCUAGGGGACCGGUGGAUCUGGGCGAUCUGGUCAUAUCGUCGUCGCUCGAUUGGAGUGUUAAGCUUUGGAAGGUUCGAGCACCAGCGGCAACAUCUACAAUUGGCUCUGGCGAUGGCACCAUCUCGCCUCUAAUUGACUUUGUGCGUGAAGACGUCGUCUACGACGCUAAGUGGUCGCCCGUCAAGCCGAACAUAUUUGCAUUGGUCGAUGGUGCUGGAUGGCUGGAGCUUUGGGACAUCGCAGUCGAGACGGAAGAGCCUGUGUCCAGGAUUUCGCCAAGCUCUCGAAAGGAUGGCAGAACUAUGCUCUCAAAGAGUCUGAACAAGGUUGCAUGGGAGCCCAACGAUGGAAAGCGUCUUGCGACCGGUGGCAUCGACGGCUCUCUCACAGUAUUCGAAGUUGCGAGUGGUCUUGGUGGCAAGGAUGGCCCCAAAAACGAGGACUGGGCGAAUGUGAAGAAGCUUGUGAACCGACUGGAGGCAGUCGGUUCAAGUGGUGCAUUGAUAGUUUAGUGGUCUCCAUUGGAUGAAGUAUUGGCAGCAUAGUGGCGUGCGUUCUUAUGUUGCGAGGUAGCUGAGAGACGAAUUUAUUGAUAUACCCAAGGCUUCUUUGGUUUCUGUCUUUCGUUUCACCAACAAUUUAAUUUAAUGUAUUGAUCUCUACGCA